CCAGCCCAAUUUUCAUUGCUCUUAAGUCUUAACUCUCAAUCUGAAUCACUGCAAAUGGCUUCAUCCUCAUCGUCCUCCUCAAAACACUGGAUCUACGACGUGUUCUUGAGCUUCAGAGGUGAAGACACCCGCCAGGGCUUCACGGCCCACCUCUACAAGGCAUUAGCAGAUGAGAAAGUCAAAGUUUUUAUUGACAAGGAGCUAAGAAGAGGGGGAAAUAUAACAGAAGAACUGUUGCAGGCAAUACAAGGUUCUAGGAUCUCUCUCAUCGUCUUCUCAAAAAGGUAUGCGGAUUCAAGUUGGUGUCUUGAGGAGCUGGUGCAGAUCAUGGAGUGUAGAAGAACUUUGGGCCAAAUUGUUUUCCCAAUUUUCUACUAUGUCGAUCCUUCGCAUGCCAGGCAUCAGACAGGUGGUUUUGCAGAUGCAUUUCAGAAACAUGAAGAGCGUGUCUUAACCGGCCUUGACAUGGUAGUGAGGUGGAGAUGUGCUCUUACUGAAGCAGCCAAUUUGUCUGGCUGGCAUCUCUCAAACACUGCCGAGAGGAAUGAAGCUGAGCUGAUCCGAAAGAUUGUCGACGAGAUCACUAGGCAGCUGGAGAGCACAUACUUAGAUGUAGCAGUGUACCCAGUUGGAAUGGAUUCUCGCGUUGAAGAAAUCAGUAAUUCUUUGUCUGUUGGAUCACAUGAUGUUCGCAUGGUUGGAAUCUGGGGCAUGGGUGGAAUUGGGAAAACAGCGGUUGCAAAAGCCAUCUAUAACAAAUUUUAUCAUAGCUUUGAAGGUAAAAGUUUUCUUGCAAACAUUAGAGAAACUGCAAAGGAAAAAAAUGGCAUAAUUACUUUGCAAGAAAAGCUUCUUUCCGAUAUCUUAAGACCGACCAAGAUAGAGGUAGGUGAUGCUGAUAGAGGGAUCAACGUGCUAAAAAAGAGACUUGGCUGCAAAAAGGUACUUGUCAUUGUUGACGAUGUAGAUCAUAUGGACCAGCUAAAUGCAUUGGCCGUAAAUCGUGAUGCAUAUGGUCCAGGAAGUAGACUUGUUAUAACAACAAGAGAUAGACAUUUACUAGACCGAGUCAAAGUGCACAAAAUACAUGAGAUUCAAAAAAUGAGUCGAGAGGAAGCUCUUGAGCUCUUCAGCUGGCAUGCCUUUCGAAACUGUCGCCCUAAUGGAGUUUAUGCUGAACUCUCAAGAAGUGUUCUUGCUUACUGUGGAGGUUUGCCACUAGCUCUUGAAGUUUUGGGUUCUUUUCUGUUCGGAAGAAACCAAACAGAGUGCAAAAGUGCAUUGGAAAAAUUGGAAAGAAUUCCUGAUGAACAAAUUCAGAAAAUACUCAGAAUCAGCUUUGAUGCAAUUGAUGAAAACCAGAGGGAUAUUUUCCUCCAUAUAUCUUGCUUCUUCAUUGGAAUGGACAAGAACCAUGUCAUAAAAAUAUUGGACGGUUGCGGUCUUUAUGCAGAAAUAGGAAUCAGUGUCCUCCUUCAGCGUUGCCUUGUAACUGUUAGUGAAAAAAACAAGCUCAUGAUGCAUGAUUUGGUUCGAGACAUGGGCAGAGAAAUUGUUCGUGCAAAAUCCCCCAACUGCCCUGAAAAAUGUAGCAGAUUGUGGCAUCAGGAAGAUGUAAUAGAUGUGUUGAAUGAAGAAUCUGGAAAUGAAGAAAUUGAAGGACUCUCACUAAACUUGAGAAGAUCUGAUGAAAAGAGCUUCAGUACAAAAGCAUUCAAAAAUAUGAAGAGACUGAAAUUGCUCCAACUCAACUAUGUACAGCUCACUGGAGACUACAACUAUCUUUCUGAAAAAUUAAGAUGGCUCUGCUGGCGUGGAUUACCUCUGAAGUUCAUACCAAACGAUUUUCUUAAUCAAACAAACCUGGUUUCUAUUGACCUGCGGUACAGCAAUCUAGUUCAAGUUUGGGAGCAUUCCAGGUCACUUGAGAAGUUGAAGAUUCUCAAUCUCAGUCAUUCGCAUUACCUAAAACAAUCACCAGACUUCUCAAGUCUCCUAAAUCUUGAGAAUUUGAUACUCAAAGACUGUAAGAGCUUAUCCACGGUUCACCAUUCCAUUGGAAUUCUUGAAAGGCUUUCUUUGGUAAAUCUUAAAGACUGCAUAAUGCUUACACAUCUUCCAAGGAGUUUCUAUAAGUUGAAAUCUGUUGAAACUCUAAUUCUUUCUGGCUGUUCAAGAUUUGAGAGAUUGGAUGGUGACAUAGGCGAGAUGGUAUCCUUGACAACUCUUCUUUUGGGUAAUACAUCCAUAAGACCAUUUUCAGAGCACAAAGGGGAGAUAUUAUCUGUGGAUAAUCUUCUUGCAGAUGACAGAGCCACAAGACAAAUUCCAUCCUCUAUUGGCGCAUUGACGAAGCUGAAAUAUUUAUCUUUCUGCAGCCUGAAAGUUACGCGUAUAGAUAUUCAUUCAAUGGAUUCAUGGAGUUUUCACCAUUCAAUGGAUUCAUGGAGUUUGCACCAUUCUCCAUUUCAAUGCCUAACCUCUUUAUUGCUUCCCGGCUGCAACUUAACUGAUGAUGCAAUUCCUAAGGAUCUCGGGAGUCUAUCUUGUUUAAAAUAUUUGAAUCUACGAGGAAAUAGUUUUUACAGCCUGCCAAGCCUCAGAAGCCUUUCUAAUCUUGAGCACUUAUCAAUAAAUGAUUGCACAUACCUUCACACAAUCGGAGAUUUACCAACUAGUUUGAAGGAACUAGAAGUGGAUCACUGCACUGCAUUGACAAGAAUGCCAAAUUUUUCAGAAAUGUUGAAUAUUAGAUUGUUGCAUCUAAGUCACUCCCCUGAACUCAUCGAGUUUCCAGGCUUGGAUAAGUCAUUAAAGUCCAUAACAUUAAUUCGGAUGGAGAGGUGCACCAAUAUCGCUACUACUCUUAAGGAGACCAUCCUUAAGGGGUGGACUGCUAGUGGAGAUGGUGGCAUUUUUCUACCUGGAUGUGAUAUUCCCAAGUGGUUUGCCUAUGUCAAUAAUGGUGCCCGAGUAUGUUUUCAAGUGCCUCAAAUAAUUGGUAGUAAUUUGAAAGCAUUGACCGUAUGCAUUGUUUAUUCUUCAUGUUUGGACAAGGUCAUAUCACUAAAUCGUAUUUCCAUUUUGGUUGUAAAUCGUACCAAGCUUAUCAGUUUUGUUGUUCGGCCAGCUUAUCCCUACGCAAUAACUUCCCUUGAAGUUAUUUGGCUGGGAAAUUUAUCAAACAAUGAGUUUCAUUUGGAAGGCAGUGACUUUGUUGAGGUGUAUGUUGUAAUUGGAUCUGGUUUCAGAGUGAAGAAGACAGGGGUCAAUAUAGUAUGGGAUUCUACAAUAUUUAUCCAUGAAAAUAUGGUCGAGUGUGAGCCUAUACCAUAUAAUUAUUUUUGUAAUACUAGUAAGAGGCAGAUCAAGUAAUGACAUCUGAUGAGGACGAUUCUUCGAAAUGCUUGAGGUCAGAUCCCAGUAUUGAAAUGAGUACAGAGCAGGAGGUACCGGAUCAAGAAGAAUCUGAGAAGGAAGUGCAACAUAAGAAAUGCUUGAAUAACUUGAACCGCAGGAAACUGUGCAAUCAUGGAAGUUUGAAGCACCAAUGACGAUCCAAAAAAGGGAAAAGGUGUGAGAAACUUAACUUGAGUCAUUAUUUUUUGUACCAAACAAAUAAAAAAGUCUCAAUUCAUCUCUAAAAGUAUACUAGUACUUGUCCCUGGCAUAAGAACUGAAAACACACAUUUUGUAGGUGAUUGCAGUCAAUACACAUGCUGAAAUUGUAAGGUUUUUUC